UCGGCCUGCGGUCUCAUUUUCAAGACCUCGGUCACAGUUUUUCACCAUACGGACCUCCCAGCCGGCCAAUGACAUAUAUACACUACUCGAGACAUUUGAAAAUUUGUUCAAACUGCGCAAAUUUGAGAGAAUUUUCGAGCAUCACUCAAAUGGUUCAACUCAUUUGUAGCGUUACUACUGAAUAUUGCGACAAAAAGAUAAUCAUUUCAACUUUCUACUCUCAUCACUGAAAUAAAAUAUACGUGUUAAAACUGCUUAGGCUCCAAAAAUAAAAAUUCAUCACUUUCUAAACUUUUAACUACGACUGAAGUUAUGCCCGAAGUUUUCAAAUAAUUAAUUAUCGUUCAUAAAAUUAGCAUUUCUUGUCAACAUUUUCGCCAAAUGGAGGGCUUGAAGCCUCCAGACAAAUUGUAUCUUAUUCAACGAGAGGUCCCUAUGGCAUUCCUUCAAUAUAUGAGUUAGAUUAUAACUAUCAGAUAGUUUGCCCCGAUUCAUAUUGACUCGAUUCUGUCGGUCAUGGAAUGGCAUUGAAGUAUCCAUAUGUUCUUCUUUGUACUCUUACAAUUUAACCGAAUUACAAGUAUAACAGUAUAAUAGUUCUCUUGCCUUGGGCGUUAGUGUUAGCGAUCUCUAGACCCGUUCAACCAAAAGUUUUUAUUGUUCACCCACGUUGGCUGGUUCCACCAGUCGACACCAUUUUGAAUUUGUCAAAUCAAACUUGAAUGAUUCAGCCUGAACUUUUCAAGUUUCCGCUGAAACGUUGCACAUGCGCAGUUCAAGACACUGUCCCUUUAAACUACCUAUUUCAGAAAAUGGGGCCGGAAUAUGGAAGCAAAGACUAAAAAUCAUGGUUUUAGUUUCUGAAAUAAUUAGUUAGUAGGAAAGCUUGACCCUCGACCACCAAACUGGGGUAACAGCACAAUGAACCAAGUUAGUAAGCAACUGAUGUUAUUACAAAUAUAACGGGAAACGGGAAACGGGAAACGGAGAAGCGAAACCAUUGUUCAGCGGUAUUAUAUAGAAAUUAAAUCUUCAGGCCCGGGUUCUUCGAAAUCGUUUAAAUCACUAUUCAGCCGGAUAGCGUGGUUUGUUUUGUUAAAACUUAUCCAGUGGAUAACGAUUUAUCCGUUGGAUAGCGUUAUUCAACCUUCCAACAACUGGGGCCAGGUGAUUCAGAAACAAGCUCUGAAUGUUGGUAGUACAUAAGAGUUAGUAUAAGGAUUAGUCUUGGUGUAAGGGCUAGGGUUGUUGUUAGGGUUAGGAUAAGGAUUAGGGCUCGCGUUAGAAAUAGGGCUAGAAUAUUAGUCUCAGGCCGUUACCCGGAAGGUCAGAGUUAAGGCGGGGGGUUUGGUUUAGAGCUAGCAUAAAGGGUAAGAUUUGAAACUUUUUAUCUGAGAAAGCUCUGACAAGUGUUUCCCCGUUCCCCGAUUUCCGUUCCUGGUUUAAUAACGUCGUUACAUGACGAAUGCUCAAAAAUAUAACCAAACAAAAUCAAAGUAAACAAAUGACACUUUUUUUGCACUAUACCUCGAAACCCAAGCGAAAUAGAAACCACACUCAUUCUGAUCUAUAACCCACUAUACUAAUGCAGUGCUAAAUUUCCUCUGUAACAUUUUUCGUCGCAGGACCGUUGGAAAUGUUUUUCUUCCAACAUGUUUAAUUGUCUCGACAUACAAACAAGCUUGUCUUCUUGAAUGUCUGAUAAGACUCACGAUGUGAAAAUUUUAAAUUGAUAUCCAGUUAAAUUGAGGCUAAACCUUCGCAUAAAUACGAGAAUUCCGCGAUUUAUCGGGGCUUGUUCAAAGUGUAAAUAUCAAGAAAUUUUUCAGAAGGCGUAAGUUCUACAGGACUUGCUUUUCAGGGGUACUAGUUAGUUUACAUUAUAGAUUGACGGCUGUAAAGAGAGCAGCUAUCACUGUCGCCUCUAGUGUAAAUUUUGUUGAAUCAACUUGACUCGCGCGCCACUCCUACGUGAGGUCAUUUAAAUUGCUUUGUUGUCUUUUAUUCUAUCUGAUAUAUAGAAAGGCUUUGAAAUGAAAUGACUGCCUAUUGUCUUAGCAGAGCAGGUGUUAUGUGUUUCCCUAGGCAUCUCUACAAUACAAGAUAAAAUAUUGUUAAACUCAGACACAGAAAAGGCCAAAGAACUAAAUUUCCGAAUCUUACUACGCCGAGGUCUAAACCAAAAUUGCAGAAGUACAAAGUUAAAAGUUCUUGCACAUUACAGAAGCAAAAGACAGGAUGCCGAGUUUUUCUUGAGGUUGAAUUGGUUCUGUUUAAGAAAUGUAAACUUGUAAGCUUUGAACUGAAUGGACAUGAAGAUCGCAAGGUGCUUAUUCUUCGGAGCGUGUUUAUCGGCGUUGCAGUGGAUAAUGUCCGUUGAAGCGUUCUUUAACAUAACGUCCGAUAUCCUGAGAACAAACCAGACUUUUAAUUUAACCGUGCAGGAUUCUUGUAAUGCUGCCUACACGGUUAAUUUCGGAGAUGGAACUACUGACAGUUUAACUAGUGCACAAAAGACUGUGUCACACUCUUACAUCAGUCCAGGAAACUAUAACAUCACACUUCAGUCAGGGAAUGCAUCAUCUAGAUGCCAGAGUGACUCGAAGUCAGUGGAGGUCAGGGACUCAAUCCAGAAUAUGACAAGCUCUGUCAGCAGCACACUUUGCAGACGUGGCCAGACCCUGAAUGUCAGUGUACAAGUCCUUCCAGAAACCCAGUACACUGUCUUCUGGCGUUUAAACAGAACAACGAACUGGACCCAGGGCCCGAUCGAGUGCAAACAACUCGGGACUAAUGACGUGUACGUGAUGGUCGAGAAUGGCGUCAGCGUUUUAUCCAGCGAAUGUUUCGACGAGAUAUUAGUCGUCGACUUUGAUUUCGAAUCCAAUCCUGAAAUUGGAGCCGCCAAUAGUACAGUGGAAUUCACUAGAACCAAUAUUACAGAAGUGCCGGAUGAAAGCAACUACACGUUUGUGUGGGAGUUCAACGACAACGAGACCAUUCAAUGUCCAAACAAAACAGUGUCAAAGUUUUUCCCUACAUCCAACCCGGACCCAGGCCAUCUCGUUAAACUCUCGAUGUAUAACCAGCGAGGUGACAUGGCCUCUCUCGAAAAGAACAUCAAAGUAUAUGACGCCAUUGAGCAACCAAUCCGGGUGUCGUACCCAAACUUGACACGUGCAUAUGAACUGACCGAGUUUGCGGUGGAACCUCACAAAGGACACGGUGUUAUGUAUUCGUGGGAUUAUGGUGACAACUCCACGGUCCAAAACACCACGAACCGCACCAUCUCACACAGGUAUACGUCCAACGGCGAGUUCUGCGUCUUCUUAGUAGCAAAAAACUUUUUCUCCGAGGCCAUUCUCAACUUUAAGAUCUCGGUGGUUACGCCAAUCAAUGGUUUUGGAUUUGUCAAGAACAUUACGCCGGUAGAAACGGGAUACCCGACAAACAUUGGCAUCGAAAUCCGGAACGGAAGCAAUGUUAAUGUUACUGUUAACUUCGGUGACGGUUCCGAGCCUGUGUGGAUUGUGAAUGUGGACGACAUAUUGGACAUUUUUGUUAUUUCCCUGUGGCAUAAUUACAGCACGGCCGGUCACUACAAUGUUACGAUCCAGGCACGGAAUUUGCUGGAUUCCAUGACAGCCAGUAGUAUAGCACAAGUACAAGAUCCAAUUAGGAAUCUUACCGUGAAGCAAACGUAUGACACCAAAUGUCUGGAAGUGAAUGGGACACUCAGAAUUCACGUGAGCGUCAACGGAACAGAUCCGCAAUAUUUCUACGAUUUUGGUGACCAAACAAACCUGACACUGCGUCAAUCCAUUGGAAACCACUCUUAUACUACUCAUGGAGAAUACGUGCUGAAUAUUACAGUGUUUAAUUUCAUCAGCCGCGUCACAUUGAACAGCACUGUAACGGUGUGCAAGCCAGUGAUUCCAUUGGUCGGGCUCAGCGUGACCAGCCCUGCCACGAAUCUUAGUGACCCUGUGGAGUUCACGAUGUCUUUAGCUGAAGCUUCCGAUUUUGAAUGCCUUUUUGACUACGGAGAUGGCAGCUUCGGCUUCUUUGGAAAGAGCUGUUACAAUCUGACUUACUUCGCGGAUGGUGUCACCGCAGACAGGACCCCUUUUAUGAAUCUGAAGUUCAAAGCGUACCACAAUUACACCGAAGUGGGACGCUACGAGGUUUACGUUAACUGUUCGAACAGAAACAGCAAAAUGAACGAUACUUUGUACGCAGUUGUACAAAAACCAAUUGAAGAUCUUGAGUUACCCUACAUAUCUCCUAAGAUUCGUGGCCAGAACAAUCCUAUCAACUGGACGAUGGCAAACGGUACCAAUGUCACUUUUCAUCUGGAGGCCGAAGGAACAACGAUCAAUUAUACUAAGAUGAAAACAGACACCGGAGAUUUUUUCCUCACUACAGGCAGUAACAUUGUCUCAGCAGGCGUUUAUCUUGUCAAGCUUCGAGCCCAGAAUGAAGUUUCUGAGGCAACUCGCUCUAUUACCCUUAUAAUUCAGGAUGACGUCACACAAGUGUCAUUCAAUACUUGGACGACCACAAGUGACUUCGGGUCGAACAUUCAUGGAUUUGGACCAGAGAAAAAUAUCUUCCCCUGUGAACACAAAGUAAAUUUUACUGCUAUGCCCGAUAAGGGAACAAAUUUAACUUACUUGUGGAAGUUUGACGAUGGCACGGUAAAGAAUACCAGCGUGUCGACCACCACCCACAAGUACGCAGAAACUGAAGCUGAAUAUUGGACAAAUGUGACAGUACACAACCUGGUGAGCAGUAUCACCAAGUCCUUUCGACUUAAAACAGAAAAAAGUGUCCAAGGCCUCACUAUUGAUGACGGAGGUCGUCCCGUGAAGGUGAACAGGACUACCACUUUCACGCUUGGUUUUACUCGGUUUGGCACUCGAACGUGCGUCAAAAUGGAUAUGGGUGACGGACAGGGUUUGUUUUUUUUCGGAGGAAGCCACUGUCAGUCCAUAGCACCAAAUAAAUAUGAAUCGAAGGAUGAUAACACCACCGAAAUCAUUCAACCCUACAAUUAUUCUACUAUUGACGAAUUCUGGGUAACAGUCAACGCCACCAACAAUGUGUCACGCCUUACAGAAAAGUACAAAUCUGUCACGGUCGCACUGUCUUGCUUCUAUCCAAACGCUAUCCUGUUGGGUGUGAGUCCAAAUGCAACCACGGCAACAAAGAUGAAUCGCUCGGAGCCUAUAAGUAUCAAGGCCGAGAUAGAGGUCAACUGUGAGGCUUCAAAAUCUACGGCUUUUAGGUGGGAAAUCUUCAAUGCAUCAAAAGAUCAGGUCAAUUAUCAACCCUUUGCCGAGGCUGAGGAGCCUAAGAAGCCUGUGUGGGAAAGUAACCAGGCAGAAUUGUAUGUUCGGGAGAUUGGACUUAAUUUCGGCUUUUACAAGUGUGUCUUUACCGUCUCGAUGGAAGACGUUGAGGGAGUUUCCGGAACGGCGAUUGGCUAUAUUCACGUGGUGGCAACACAAUCCCAAGAUUCUCUGCAGGCGUUUGUGGAUGGAGGCCUGCGGAAACGUUACAAGUUUGGAGGAAACAUAACGCUGAAUGCCGAAAAGUCAAAGGAUGUAGACUUUGAGUCUUUAAAGUCUGCUAAGCCGACAUUCUAUUGGCUUUGUCGUAACUCGUCAGAACCUGAAUUUGACACAAGUGGAAAUGUCGAUGCUAUUGAUGUUGUGUCCAUACCAGAACUUGAUGGUGACGUCAUCCGUAACAUUUCUGAAAAUCGUGGAGGGUGCUUUAAAACGGGAAAGGGGCGCCUCGCUAACAAGGGACAUCUUGCAAUUCUUGAUUCAAGGCGGGGAAUGUCAGAAAAUGACACGUACGUGAUCACACUCGUCCUCGUUACCCAAAAUCCCUUCGGGAGCAAAAAGGCUGUCUACAAACAGGAGCUGGAAAUCACCUUUGGAGACCCUCCUGAAGUGGAAGUGACCUGUAGCCCUUCCUGCUCUCCAAAGGUCAAUAUCGACCAGAAGCUACCUUUGCAAGGAACUUGUAAAGUGUGCUUCGGGGAACUCACCUUCAGCUGGGAGCUUUUCCGUCACAAAGAACUGGGCACGGACCCUAUCGAUACAGACAAUAUGGUGAAGAUAAGUAAUCUGGAGGAAAAAUCAACAACACCAAUUGAUUCCCUGAAUCUGGCAUUAAAAGAAGAUGUGCUACCUAAAGAUACUGGAUUUACCGCAUUCUUCAGGGCUUAUCGUCUAAAUGGGCAAUAUGGGGAAUAUAUACAUACCUUUGUUACAAACUCGCCACCCGAAAACGGGACUUGUGAAGUUGAACCAAAGAUUGGAAGCGCCAUGAACACUUCAUUCAGAAUAAAUUGCAGCGGCUGGCAAGAUCCGGAUCAACCACUGACAUACGAAUUUUCAUACAUCAACUACGUGCAGGAAUCCGUGUUCUAUGUGUCCAGUGAACCCAUUGCGCCGUCGAUGGUUCUUCCGAUGGGACACGAAACCAACGACUUCAAUCUGACCCUGAAUAUUCAGAUUACCGAUCGUUGGGGUUCCUCCACUGUAAAAAAAGUGGUAAUUAAGGUGAAACCCACAGAUUUUUCCAACGAAAAGCUUAGAGAACUGAUCAGCGGCGAGGACGGUUUGUUAAAAGAAGCAUUGAAAAGAGGAGAUCUCCAAGAAAUGGUGGAAAUCAUCAAUGCUGUUGGCUCGAUUCUGAACUACGGUGGCAGGCAGGCCGCGCAAAAAAACUUGACGGGAGCUGAAGCAAAGGAGGAACAAGAAUCAAAAGACACACGAGUAGAGCUUCGUACUGCGAUUCUCAAAGAUAUGUCAGAGUUUAAAAUUUCUUCCGUGGGGCAUAUCAAACUGGUAGCAUCUGCCAUUGAUGUUGCGACUGAGGUGGAAUCUGAAGUGGAAACCAAAGCUCAGGAAUUGGCCUUCAGAUCUUUCAAGCGGAUGGCUUCAGUAUUAAAGAGAGAAUCAAACGACAGCGUGGGUUUCACGGUUGUAAGAUCAACUGUCGGUUCCGUUCUGAGCGGAAUUGCAAAUGUACUUCAAUCUUCAGCUUCCUUGGCAAGAGUUGAUGCUACUGACUCAAAGGAAAAUAUAACCGGUUAUACCGGUUAUACCGGUAAUUCAACUGAGGGAGGGGUCGUUUCUGUUAAGGAAAGUGCACGAAAUCGAACGGUGAAACUUCUGUCAAUAGUUGAUGACUUAGGGAGUAUCGUGAUGGAUAAUAUGGUGGCUGGAGAGCCCUCCAUUCUGAUGGAAACACGCGAUUUCAACCUCACUGUGAAGAAAUCCUUUUUUUCUGAAGUUGGUAACUCCUCCAUUUCAGAUAAUUACUCCGAGUUCUCUUUACCAUCACAGGAACAAAUGGGACUGAGUUUUGAGUCAAACGGAACAGAAAAGUACUCAACUGUUCAAAUACAGAUGAACUCCAUCCCUAAGAACGUGCAUACUUGGUCCAACACCAGCAAAGAAGUUAAGUCUUACGCAGUUAGCCUCACACUCAAAGACAAAUACGGAAAGUCCCUGCCCACGUCAAACUUCAGUAGCUAUGUCGACAUCUACAUACCACGUAAUGCAAGCGAGCUGCCUGAAGAAGAAGAAUUCUACGUGAUACCCCUGGGAGACAAAAAGUACAUACAAUAUCACACUAUUCAGGUAAAUUCUUCAAAUUUCUCCGUCCACAUUCAGGUACAACCGAGAAAUGAAUCCAUAGGAAACCUAACAGUCCUAUUGCGUUAUGACGAGAGGCCAACCACUGAAACGUUUGACUAUAACUGGACGGUUCCGGACUUCAGCAGUUGUUCUUUUACCAAUUCCUCCGCGGGAAGUGGGGCGAACAACGCGACCAAUUCGUCCGCGACGAACUCCACGCAGGCUGUGGUGAUUGACUUGAAGAGGGACUGCGUUAGAAACCCGUACCUCGUUUCUAUUAGCAACAGCAUGGUGACAGAGAUGGGGACGUAUUAUUUAGCUGUUUAUUACGAGGAACCAGAGCCAGAACCAGAAACAGAAGAACAGUUAGCAACUAGCUCGCCAACCGAAGCGCGCGAGCGCAGAGACAUUCUCGAUAUUCCCGAGGCUUGCAGAACAUCGAGCGGUCGGAUGAAACGAUCAUGCGUCAUUAUUCCACCUCCACCACCCAAGCCGACGACGGCAUCAAAACAGGAGAUUGGUACUAAGCCUCCCAAUGAAGACUUCCAAGGCAACACUUUCAACUCCAAUGAUACAGAACACUAUUUCAUACGGGUGUUCUCGUCAAACUGUUUAUACUGGGAUGAGAAUACAGAAAACUGGAUUAACAAGGGAUGUAAGGUUGGAGAGAACACGAAUCCAGAGCGUAUUCACUGCCAGUGUAAUCAUUUAACAUCUUUUGCGAGUGACUUCGUUGUGGCGCCAAAUCCAAUUGACUUUAGCAAGGUGUUUUCUGCUGACCUCAGCAAGGACUUUGUUGUUCUGUUGGUUGUUUGCCUGCUGUUUGGAUUUUAUUUACUGCUCGUUGUAAUUGCUCGGCGAUAUGACAACAAAGAUCUCGAAAAGCUCGGAGCUACAGCAGUGAGAAACAGAGCUGAAGCCACCUUCUCAUACCUAGUGAGUAUCCACACUGGUGUGAGGCAGAACGCAGGGACAACCAGUACCGUAUAUAUAGUCCUCUCUGGUGAUGAGUGGGAAAGCACCCCGAUGCCCCUGGUGGAUCAUGACCGAAAAGUGUUCCAGAGAGGCCAGGAAAACAAUUUCGUGAUUACAAUUCCCAGACGACUUGGCAAUCUAACCCAUAUAAGGAUCUGGCAUGACAAUUAUGGAAGCAACCCAUCAUGGUACCUGAGCCGUGUUUCCGUCGACGAUUUGCGCACAGAAGAGCGUUGGUAUUUCAUCUGUGAGCGCUGGUUGGCUGUGGAAGAGGAUGACGGGAAAGUGGAGCGCAUCCUUCCGGUGGCAAGCGAGAAAGAAUUGACGCAUUUCCAACAUUUGUUCGUAAGCAAGACCGUGCGGGAACUGGGAGAUGGUCAUCUGUGGUUUUCGGUGGUGACACGCCCUGCGAACAGUCCGUUCACUCGAGUUCAACGAAUCUCGUGUUGUUUAUCACUACUCUGCUGCACGAUGAUCACAAACUGCAUGUUCUAUCAGAAGGGAGGGGAGGGUGAAAAGGCGACCAUAAUCCAAAUUGGAACCUAUGAAUUCGAUCUGAAAGUAUUUAUCAUCGGAGUCCAAGCGAGUCUCAUUGUAUUCCCAGUAAACUUUGCGUUGGUGCAGAUUUUUCGAAAUGUGCGUCCGAAAGAAGUGAAACAAGAGCGAAACAUUGAAACGACAGAGAAGCAAGACGAACAAGUUUUCGUGGAUAUCAGUAGGUGUUCCUCCACCCAGACGAUUCGAAACGCGUCCAGCGAGGCUAAGAUAAUCGAGGAUAAAGAAGACCAAAGUGAAAAAGACACAAACACCACGAAAAAGAAGAAGAAAGGUCUGCCGCACGGCUUCGUUUACUUGGCUUGGGUUCUUUGUUUCUGCUCAUCUGUUACUUGCGCACUGUUCACGGUCUUCUACAGCUUAGACUGGGGGUCUGAGAUUGCAAAUAAAUGGCUUAUUGCCUUUGUGACGUCAUUCUUCCAAUCAAUAUUAGUUAUACAACCCCUGAAAGUGGUACUAGUUGCUCUUCUGUUCGCGAUGAUCAUCAAAAAGCCGAUGGACUCUGGCGACGAAACAUCGGACAAAAAAGACCUCAAAGCGACUCCUGACGGCCAAGAGACUGGGGACGAUAUUCUCCUCGAUUACGAUGAGAAUGACGAAAGAUACAGGCCUCCGGACGAGACUUUCCUGAAUACCGCUCGUGCACACCGACUGAAGGAAGUGCGAAUGUCCGAAAUCCUGAAAGAGAUCGUCACAUAUUUUUUGUUCCUGAUGCUUCUGCUACUGGUUACCUAUGGCAACAGGGACCCCAACACGUACCUGUUGAGGAAGACCCUCCACGAAACAUUUGUGGACCUGGACCAACUCGGUGUAGACCUUGCAGAUGCGACUGACGUCGAUCUAUUCUGGCACUGGGGCCGAGAAACACUGGUACCGAAUUUGUACCCAGGGGUGCUCUACAAUAACAAAUCGGACAAGUACACCGGGUUCCUUUCUGACAGAAACAACUACCUUGUUGGGAUUUCCAGGCUUAGACAAGCGCGCGCGAAAAAAGACUCCUGUGAGAUCGUUCAACAAUUCCAACGCUUCUUCAACCACUGUUAUCCUGAGUACUCCUUGACGAACGAAGACACGAACGACUAUGACAUAGGAUGGAAAUUCCUAAACGAAAGUAAAACAACAAACUCUCGCCGAAGGAGAAGCAUUCAAGAGCAGUUUGCCUUCCGUGGAGAAGACAGGUUCCUUAUCGAAUUCGGCGAUACUUCCCGAAUUCGAUCGCGUCGUGCAAUUGAGCCCGUGUACACUUCUACUUCCGGUCGUCAACAGAGAAGAAAGAAGCGGCCUGGAAACACAGCUAAAAAUUACUACGUGUUGAACUCAGCCAUGCUUCCGGAUGGGUCCAUCAUUUCCUGUCCCUCCCGGUGGGUGCAUCAAAGCGCACUGGACCUCAGAGGGUACCCCUUCUGGGGACGAAUGACCAUUUACGGGGGAGGUGGUUAUCCAGCGGAGUUAGGAUACGACUAUCCCACGGCACUGACUGUCAUCGCUGAUCUUCAUUCUCACAACUGGGUUGACAUGCAAACGCGCUCGAUUUUCGUCGAAUUUACGGUGUACAACGCUAACGCUAACUUAUUUGGCAUCGCGUACCUGUUUUUUGAAUUUUUGCCCACGGGUGGAGCCUUUCCUUACGCGCAUUUUGCCGUAUCCAGGCUGUACAGCUAUGUCGGUCAUUUCAGCCAUUUCAUCCUGGCCUGUCAAGUGUUCCUGAUCCUGUUUAUGCUCUAUUUCAUGUACCGCGAAGGUAAAGCCAUCUAUAAGAAAGGCAAGGCCUACUUUAACGGGUUCUUCAAUUGGAUGGAGAUAGUUAUGAUCGCAUGUGAGUUAGCAAUGGUAGUUCUGUUCUUUGGGCGUCUCUGGGAAGUGAACAAGAACUUGGAAGAGCUACGCUACAAUCCUAAGGACUUUGUAAGCUUCCAGUACGCAGGGGCAGCGGAUGAAUCGUUGACUUUCAUCAUGGGGAUUCUAGUGUUCCUGGCGACCCUCCGCUUCCUGAAGCUGUUUAGGUUCAACAAGCGCAUGUCCUUGCUGGGAUCGACGAUUGGAGAGUGCGCAAAGCCGCUUGGAUCAUUCUGCAUCAGUUUCAUGAUCGUGUUUUUGGCGUACGCCAUUCUUGCUUACCUGGUAUUCGGGCUCGAUAACGACAAGUUCAGGAAUUUUUUCACCACCAUUGAAACUCAGAUCAGCAUCAUUCUGGGCGACUUCGACUACGAAGAACUCUCAAGCACAAACCGCAUUCUGGGACCGGCGUACUUCUUCAGUUUCAUGUACUUCAGUGUUUUCUACCUGCUGAACAUGUUCAUGGCCAUCAUCAACGACUCCUUUUCAGAAGUCAAGUCUUCGAACGACAAGCAAAAGAAUGAGUAUGAAAUGGUUGAAUUUAUCCUGGCCAGAUUUAAAGAGAAUCUGGGCAUCAACCGAAACCGUAUCGGGACGAGCAAAAGCCCGUUUAAGAGUCAUUCGGCGGGAUUUCCUAUGUCACCACCAUUCUUGCCAUCUGACUACAAGCACCGAGACGAAGAUGGUAUCAGCUUGGAAAGCAGUCUGUCUGACACCGACGAAAGUCCUCCAGCAAUCACCCCACAUAGCUUCCUUCGCAGGCUGUCGGAGUUAAACAAACGCGUAGAUGAGAUGACCACGUUCGUGGACAAAAACGACCAACAUGACGCCGACAAUGACCAAAUGCUGCUUGAACUUAUUGAAAACAUGAAAACCGACGCGGAGGAAGUGCGAUACGGUUCCAUCGCCACGGUCCAAAUAAGACUGUGACAUUUGUUGCUAAAGAAUACAUUAUUUCCAACUUUUCCAUACGUAAUUAACACUUAACUGUAAGUAGGUAAGUUUAGAACAGGGAGGUUUUUGUGCUCCUAAGAAAAUUUAUUAAGAAUAUUCAAGGAAUAUUAACGCACUUAGCAACUUCGGGGACAAAUGAGCAGUAUCUACAACGGCCCUAAAACCAGGGUUAUUUCCCACUGCCUGUUUUUUGAAAUCUAAGACGUUGGAAACGACAUUGUAAGGUGUGAACCCUUGGUACAAGAUUCACGCGUUGUAGCGCAGUUUUGUAGAAUUUUGAUUUUUUUUUAUUAGUUCCCAAGGAAAAACGCAAUUCCAGCCGUAAUUUCCUGGGUUUUUCAAAAGCUAUGUAAAGAAUUACACAUCUUUAAAAGUUUAGCCUAAAUUUUUCAAGUUCAUUCUUCGCAAUCUGUCUAUAUCGUCGCUAAUACUAUUAUUAUUGAUCCUUAUUCCUAUUAGCUUAGUAAACUAUCGUUCUGAGUUUCCUAUAGUUUAAAGGUAAUUUCGCAUGUCGCCAUAACGAUUCAAAAUAUCAGAACAUUGAAACUUUAAAUUAAGUGCUUUCCAUUGUCACAGGGAAUCUUAUCAAAACUUGAUGUCAACGCCCAAAUAUUUACUAGAUGAAAGAAGUCGAUCUUAAUUGCAGUAUUUGUUUUUAGCUUAGCUUGUACUUGACAUUUUUUAGAGGGCAAUUACAUGCUGCCUCACAUUCAGGUAAUAAACCAAAUUAGAGUUUUCUUCAAUCUGUACGGCUCUAUAUUAUUGACACUAGCAUCGUCAAUUACCAGGAGCAGUUUUUGUCUGUUACGAAACGUUUGCACGAAUGUAACAACCAAUCACAGGGUGUAAUAACGCAAGCCUGACCCAAUUUCGGAUUACUGACACUAGAAUGAAAACCGUUCUCAGCUGCGUUCUCACUGGAGGCCAUUCUAAAUUAACCUGCGUGAACUUCCCAUCCAGAUUAUGCGCUUUUGUUCUCGUCCCAUUCCCCGCUAAGGAUGAAUAUGUGAUCAGAAUCAUUGUUAUGUGCACAUUAUUUGUUUGUUCUGGUCUCUUUUCUCAUCGGGAGGCUUUUUAAUUUCUCAUUACUCUCCACUAAGCGCUUAAGUACUCCAUAGAGCUAAACAUGGCUCGCAAUAUAGAAUCUUGCAACCAGCGGAAAGCGCGGGAAAUUUUACGAACUUAAUUCACGAUUGGUUUCAAUUUGCGCCUGAUUGGCUUUGAAAACAACAUGCGUGUUGUGAUUAGUUAGAUGCUGCAGGCAGUUUGAACCAAUCAGAGUGUGUGAAUGUAAAGCCAAAACAAACGGGAUUUUUUCCGUCCGUCAAUGCAUAGCAUCUCCAACAGCUAGUUUUGCGUCCGAAAUACCAGUAAAAUGCAUAUAUUAAACAAGUUGUUUCGUUUUAUCACUCCAAGACACAGAACAACUUUCCCUUAUUUAUUCGUUUAUACAAACCACGGAAUAAAACAUUCCCUAUUCAUAUUGAGAACUACUUAAUAAGAAUUAAUUAAAUAAUUGAGCCAUUGUAGAAUGAAGAGGAAGUGAUAACAUGUAGAACACCGCCAUUAUUGAGUCAUCAGUAUGUAAACAUACUUUCCUUGUCAAGUCUCUGACAUUGAAGAAUUUGUAAGACACACUCAAGAUAACGUGUGUUUUCCAAGACUCGACUCUAACAUUUUAGCAACAUUAAUUACUAAUUUAAUUAGUCACAGUUUAGUUAUUAAGCGUGACUAGGACCUUUUGGUUAUGAAAGGAUUAAUUUAGUUUUUGGCAAAUUUUUGUUAAAAGAAAAGCUGGAAGAGUAUAACAUAAAUUAUACUUGUGCUAACCCAACACACUUGUAUGCACAUUAAGUAAUAAAUUUGACAUUCCACUUGA